CAAAAUAUAAAACCACCCAAAAAUUGAAACUUCAUUCAAACACAUAAUGUCUCUGCAAAGUAUUUUAUCCAUUCUCAUCCUGAUUUGUGCCCAAAACACAUUUGCUCGAUAUGCUUCACUCAAUAUUGGCCUAAAUAUUUCGGCCCACUUUUCCGAUGAAAACAAUCAACUCACCGAACAAUUAGUUCGCAUUUGCAUGCAAGAAACCCAACUAUCGAUGGCAGAUUUGUAUAAAUUCAAGACCAACGAUAUCCAAGAGACUGAUGUUAAUGAAUCUACACAAUGUUUUGCCCAUUGCAUUUACGAGCAAAUGGGAAUUAUGAGGAAUGGACUUUUCGUUGAUAAUAAUGAUCAAAAAUUGUCUGCAAAUGCGAUUGACGGAACCAGUGGUGUAGAUUUUGCACUCUGUAAGUCAAUUCGUGGUCAAAAUAAGUGCGAAACUGCGUACAAAAUACAUCAGUGCGUUCAGAAGCUGAAAUAUGGUGGCACCCGUGACCAGGGACUUGCAAUGAACACAGACCCAACCAACAACGAGAGUCGAAAUGAUGACAACGAUGAAGACGAUUCCGGUGAUAGUCAAAAUGGGCAAUAAAACGAUUUGGCGUGAAAAUAACACUUCUUCUGCAUGGCGAACUGGCUUAAUGACGUUGGAAAAGCGCAAUUAGCUAUUACUAUUUUUUUU